AUGGGUAAAAAACAUAAGAAACAUCACAAAUCUGAGAAGAAAGUCCUUGAAUUGGAAGAAAAACCAACAGAGAAACCUUUGAAGCUUGUGCUGAAAGUCACUGAGCCUGUAGCCGAAGUCUACACUGGUGAGUCUGAGGAACGGAGGCAUAAACACAAAAAGAAGAAGAAGAAGAAAUCCAGUGAGAAAGAAAAACACAGACAUCAUGAUGAAGAUCGACCUCGCAAACGUGACCGAGAUGAAUACGAGGGGGAGGGCCACUCGCAAUCAUCGUCAUGUGCAUCUCCAUCAAGUAAACGCCAUGCAUAUUCGGUGACAUCCACACCAAAUCCACUGGAUAGGCCAAAGCAGGAAGAGGAGGAACCAGUAGAUAAGAAAUUACGAUCCAAUACAGAAGAAGAAGAGCCAAACAGUUUCAAAAUGUUCCUGCAGUAUAUGACACGAUUGUUGCAGCGGAAGGAUACGCAUGGAUUCUUUGCAUUUCCUGUCAAUGAUAUCAUUGCCCCUGGCUAUUCCAGUAUCAUCCAGAAACCUAUGGACUUCAGUACCAUUAAUGGCAAAGUAGAAGAUGAAGAAUACACCAGCACUAACGAAUACAAGAAAGAUUUUGUUCUCAUGUGUCAAAAUGCCAUGAUUUAUAACCGACCGGAAACAAUCUACUACAAAGAAGCCCGACGCCUUCUCCACAGUGGGGUCAAACAAUUAACAAAGGAUAAUCUACUUCUGAUGAAACGAACCCUCAAUUUUAUGGAGAAUGUCACAAUGGAGGAACUUGGAUUGACUGAAGAGAAUGAAGGCAAUGAUAGUUGCCUUUUGGCCGAUGAAAAUUUCGAUCCAGUCAUUGAUGACCAACAAGCAUUGAAAGAAAAAAAACAAAAGAAACAAAAAACAUGUCUGAGUCGAUUUGAAGCAAUCCCUGAUAAUCUGACACCCGAAGAAAUUUUGGCCCAGGCUCAAGAAGCAGCCAAAGAGGCAGCUGACAUGUUGACACUAAGAGAACCAAAAGCCCAGUUUGGAUUUUUAAGGAGACGAAAAGAUGGGAGCACAUCUUUAAUGAUUCUGAAUCCAGACAGUGAUGGCAGAGUCAGUGAUACAGAAAAAGUAAUCAACCUUGGAGCAAUGGCAAACAAAUUGACAAGUGGAACUGGAGUUUUAUCGAGCUUCAAAGAAGACAAACGGAAUAAGAUUUCCCCUGUGUCCUACCUCAACUACGGCCCGUUUAGCAGCUAUGCACCGUCUUUUGAUUCUUCCUUUGCCAACAUCACCAAGGAAGAGUCAGAUAUGUUGAUGAACGCUUAUGGUGAUGAAACAGGAGUGCAAUAUGCGAAAAGCAUAAUGUCAUUUGCUGAAUCAACUGGUGACACCACCAUCAAAAUGGUGGAUAAUAUGCUGGAUGCCCUCACCAAUGGAGAACAUAGCAAAGUGCAGUGGCAAAUUGAUCAGCGUCGAAAAGAAGAAACUAAGAAACAAGCUCAAGCCGCUGCGGAGUUGGACCAAGCGAUGGCCGCAGUCGAUUCUGGUGCACAGAAAGAUGCAUUGGAUGUUGACUUCAAUUCUCUCAAAUCUUUGUCCACAGACUUGGGAAUGGAUUUAUCAUUCCUUGAUUAUUUUGAAAAAGAGAUCACUAAAGAGAAGGAAUUGCAACAGAAGCUGGAUUAUACAGCUGGGCUGAUCCAAGACCUUCAUUCCACUCAACAUGAUCGAUUAAGCGCCAAACCUCCUGUCCAUUUAGCUUUUGUUCCAGGACCAUCCCAAAAAGAAACCCAACUUGCCAAUAAAGUGACUCAAGAAUUGCGAGAGUUAGCCAAGCAGGCCAAUCCUGGUGGCCUUGUCAGUGUUCGAGCCCUUCGUAAUGCAAUGGGCAUCACAACAAACCCUAUAGAAGGAGAAGACUUGAUUUCAAGUGCUUACAAUAUGAGUGACAUUGACCCAAGCAAUUCUUCUAUCUUACCUGCAAUUGGAACAGGAGAAGGAAACCCAUUGCCAAUGGAUUUAGAACAAGAACUUAAUGAAUUCCUUGAGCAAGAUCCUUUACUCAGAGCUUGUGAAUCACCAAAAGAUGUCAAAGCUGUUGUGGAACCAAACAUCACAGCUUAA